CCGUGCUUGCGCGUCGCUGCGAAGCGUCCCAGGCCACGCGACAGCGCGCUGCCCGCAUCGCCCCAUCGCAGUCGCGUUUAUGCCGUGCGCUUCUUCCCAUUCCCACCCGACACGCCGCUUCUCUCUGCGCAGGCACCGAUAAGUAGCACGGUGAAAACGAGAAAUCGUGACAGAUCGGGCCUCAGACGGUGUCGAGAUACCGGACGCAACGCAGUGCACAGUACACAGAGUGUGUCGUACGUGUCGUACAGCGAGUGAGAGAAGCGAUUCGAAGGCGACCGAUUUUUGCGAUACUACAUUCAAGAUGGCCACUACACCCAGCCGGAAUGGUCUGCCGGAUCAGCCACCGAUCAGCACCGAUCAUCCGAUCAUCAACGGAACAUCGAAGCCGCCAAACGCCACUGGCGAGUGUGAUGAGUGGACCAUACUGGAUCGAGUGUUUCGAGUGCUGGCGGACGAGGGCUACCUUGGUCCGAGCACGCAUCAGAAGCCGGUGGUUUCGUUCGUAUAUCCCGAGGAUCUAAAGCAACUAAUUCACUUCCCAAUGGAUGAACAGACACCGAGCAGUGCGGCAACGGUCGAACGGAUCAUACGCCAAGUGUUGCACUAUUCCGUGCGCACCGGUCACAAUCACUUCCACAAUCAACUGUUUGCCGGUGUCGACCCGUACGGGCUGACCGGGAGCUGGCUGACGGAGGCACUGAACACGAGCCAAUACACAUUCGAGGUUGGACCAACGUUCACCCUGAUCGAGGACGCAGUGAUCGACAAAUGCUUGCGUCUGUUCGAGUUUGGUGAGGGCGAUGGGAUCCUCUGUCCCGGGGGUUCCAUGUCCAACAUGUACGCCAUGGUGGCGGCCCGAUAUCGCACGGUUCCGGAUGUGAAGCGCAUUGGGGUGGCGAACCUGCCCGAACCGCUGGUGGUGUUUACCUCCGAAGAUGCCCAUUACAGCAUUACGAAGGGGGUACAUUGGCUUGGGAUCGGGUUGAACAAUCUCGUAAAGGUGAAAAGUGACCGGCGCGGUUGCAUGAUCCCGGAGCAGCUCGAACAAGCGAUCCAGUCGGUGCUCGACUCCGGCCGGAAGCCGUUCUUCGUCAACGCCACUGCCGGUACAACCGUGCUCGGUGCGUUCGACGACUUCAAUCGUAUCGCGGACGUUUGUCAACGGUACGGUGUCUGGCUGCACAUAGACGCGUGUCUCGGUGGGACGGCAGUGCUUUCCCACCGACACAAACACCUGCUGGCCGGUGCCAACCGUGCCCAAUCGCUCGCCUGGAACCCGCACAAAACGCUCGGCGCACCGUUGCAGUGUUCGAUCUUCCUCAUCAAGGAGCGGGGUCUGCUGCACGAGUGCAACGCCGCCAAGGCGGACUAUCUCUUCCAGCAGGACAAAUUCUACGACAUCUCGUACGACACGGGCGACAAGAGCGUGCAGUGCGGCCGGAAGGUGGAUGCGUUCAAGUUUUGGCUCAUGUACAAAGCGCGCGGUUCGGCCGGGCUGGAGUCGCUGGUGGACAAUGCGUUCGCGUGUGCGGCAUCGCUGCACGAGCAGCUGCGCAGCAGGGCCGGUUUCCGGCUGGUGCUGGAAGAGUACCAGUACACCAACAUCAGCUUCUGGUACGUGCCGACGUGGAUGAGAACGGACCCGGAGACGCCCGACUGGUGGCAACGGCUGUACAGCGUGACGGCGGACAUUAAGGAGCAGAUGGUAAAGCGAGGCACCGUGCUGGUUGGCUACGUGCCGCUGCUACACAAAGGCAUUGGAAACUUCUUCCGGAUGGUCGUGACGUGCCAUCCGCGCCCAUCGCCCGAAACGAUGCGGUACGUCUUAGAUGAGAUCGAGCGCGUCGGCGAGCAGUUGCCGCGGUAGGGAAAGUUUCUCAAGAGUGCUGCUAAAAGAAGAGCCAAGCUAAAGGUGUAACACUGCGCGGAAAUUACUGAAAAUUAACACAAAAUCUAUCGCAUUUAAUGACGCGUUUGACGAAUGUUUACAAAAGAAAUAAAGAUGCUAGAACGAAGUAGGCAUUUAAGGCUA